CCUCAGGCUCCUCAUGGCGUGACUUGUCUACUUAUCUUUCUUGAAGAUUUGACGUGUUAGCUGAGCAAUGUCACAAGAGAAGCAACAACCUUCGGCGCUCCCAAAUGCUCCCAAAAGUUCACCUCCGCAAUGCCCAACCCCCUGUCUUACUACCUGCUCAACUUCCAGUGGGAUUUCUUGUCCAGCAGGCUGUUCUUCCCAGAGGCAAGGGCUUCAGAACCCUGCCGGCCGCAGGAGACUUCACCAUCCACAGCCCCGCUGUCUCAGUGGUGGUACCACCUACCACUGCAAAGAGGAAGAGUGCUAAGAGUCUGGACACAGAGGAGGGUACAUAGCUGCAGUGACCUUCUCCCCGCCCAAAGUCAUGAAUUCCCCCAGGAAGCCCAGGCCCUCCACCUCCCUUGGCCUGAAAACCACUUCCUGUUUCUGUC